CCACAGUGGAGUGCACGCAGUGUUCCUGCACCUCGGACAGAUUCGAAAACUGCCUGGACAUCAGUCUUCACAUCAACAAUUCGCCAGAUCUGCUGACUGCUUUUGCAGAUUUCACCAAGACAGAGACACUGGACGAAUACACUUGCCAAAGGUGCUGUUGCAAGGUGAAGGCCACGAAGAGGAUGAGCCUUCACCAUCUCCCGAACGUCUUGGCCCUCUCCAUCAAGAGAUAUGACCUGUUUGGAAACAAGAUCAAUCGGCAUUGCCCGUACCCAGAGCACCUGGACGUGCGGCCAUUCAUGUCGCAGCAGGAGGACGCAGACCCUGUAGUGUACAGGUUAUACUCAGUCCUUGUGCACUCCGGGAAAUGCAGCACAGAGGGACAUUACUACUGUUACAACAAGAUCUGCGAUGGGAGAUGGUUCCGGAUGGACGACGACUUGGUGACGCCGGUCGACACCAGGGUGGUCAUGGAGAAACAGGCAUACAUCCUCUUCUACGUCAGGUCUCCAGAGAUGAAGGCCAUACCCGUGUGCAGUCAAAUCAACGGCGGACAUGGGAAAUGGCAUCAAAAGAGGCGGCAGCGACGACCCCCGACCCCGGCGAUCAACCGUCAUCACUGAUGGAUGAUAUCACAAGGGACGUGGUCAAGUUGCUGCCCCUGCCACCACCGCUGCCACCACUGCAAGGGCGAUGCACACCGGGUCCUGAUGAAUACCGCUGAUACAACACAGCCCAGCAGCGCCAGCACCACAUCCACAAAGAAGAUUAUUACCAUUGUAAAUGUGUACAUUUUAUAAUUUUGUGAAUACAAUACGUACUUUAAAAUAAAAAAGUUUGAAUCAAUUUCUUAUUCUUGGGAAUGAUUCUGUAUGUAGUUCGUAAGGCCAUGUCCAGAUCUAAUAGCCAAGGGACAUCCAUACAGCAACGUGAACCUAUGAAAUGACUUAAAUUUCGAUUUAAAGCUUUCGUGACUGCAAUGAUUCAUCUUCUUUGGUUCUUUCGGUAAAGUCACGUAAA